AGGACGCUACGACCCACGCUGCAGCGCACAGCCGACUGCGAACGUUCACUGCAGUCGUCGUCUUCGACAAAUCUUAGACGCGGCUCAGCACGCUGUCAAUUAAUAUAGUGAGCCCCUCAAAGCACUCGGUUACGCGCCGCAUCGAUGGACUGCCGGCGUCGGAGCGCGUGGUUUCUGGUCGCAAUCAUCGGAGCUGCCGCCGGCUUCGCGCCGUCGGCGCGGCUCGCCACUGCAAACAACUUCGCGAUGUCGCCGCGACGGCGACCCGUCGCGCGCAUCGUACCGCCGAAAGUUGCCGAAUACGGAGCGUACGGCCUGGCCGCGUACAGCGCCGUCGAGCUCUGCUGGUGGGGCCUUCCGAUCGGCUACGCGCUUCGUAGCGUCGACGGCCUCGUGACGGUCGAUUCGUUCCUCGAGGUCGCGAAGACGCCGCUCCUCGCCGCCGUGUUUCUGUGGCCGAACAGCUGGUUCCGCAACGGCGUCUCGUGUCGCAUCGCCGGCGCCCUGCGCGACGCGGUCGAGCGAUGA